GAAACUGCGACACAAGAUUUUGAAGAUUCCCAUUUCCAGAGUAUGUCCAUUGCAGUAUUCGGAGGAAAUGGAUUUCUCGGGCGCAAGAUCUGUGAAUAUGGAAUUAGAAAUGGCUUCAAAGUCACGUCAUUCUCACGUUCGGGAAUUCCUCCUUUAAAAUCAAACCAGCAUCUUCAGCAAGUCAAAUGGGAAUCAGCAGAUAUCUUUGACGACUCCACCUACAAGUCCCAAUUAUCAGAAUUCAAAACGGUAUUCCAUUCGAUGGGUAAGAUCUUCGAGGAUGAAUCAUACAAGAAAGAUAUCAGCUCAGGGGGCUUGAACUUGAACUUUGUUAAAAAGUUGAUUGUGGGAUCCAAUCCCAUGGACAAGACCAUUCACAAUUCAUAUAAUGGUCUCAAUAAAGAAAGUGCCUUAAAAUUGGCGUUCGCAUACUAUAAAGCCAAUAAAAAUGGCAAGUUGGUCUAUAUAUCGGCUGAUAAGGGCUUACCGGUGAUAGUCCCCCUGGAUUAUAUCCGUUCUAAAAGAGAAGCCGAAACUGAACUAUUGAAAUCGAAGCUUAAUAGCUUAAUUAUUAGACCAGGAAUCAUGUACGAUGAAGAUGAGAGAAACAACCGAUACAUACUAGUAAAUGGCAUGAAGCAACUUCAUCAAUUGAAGCAACAAGCUUUAGGAAAUGAUCUUUCCUGUGUCAAUAAUACUAUCAGACCAAUAUUGUCCACUGAUCAAGUGUGCAGCAGAAUUUUUCAAAACCUACAUGAGGACAAUACGGUUAUUACUUUAGAAAAGCUAAUGAAAAGUUAUUAGGUCAAGCUAGUUACAUAUGUACAUAGAUGAAGUUAAAAUUAAACCGACUGGCCAAUGUCAGUGCUGCCGAUGGAAUCGGUAUUAGGUUUGUAGUCCCUUAGUUUAUUCUGGAGUGAUUCGAGAACUUCCAUUUCUACCUCACUCAAACUCAAUGAUUUGGGCACCUGUAAGGUCUCGGCGUUCAAGACUAAAGUUUCAAGAGCCUUCUCUUCUUUCGGCUCCUGCGUUGGGGGUGGUGGUGUUCUAUUUAAUGGAGUCCACCAAAAAGCAGGAUACUUUCUAAUGACGUUGCCUGUUAUCAAAGCUACCGCUACAAUUAGCACCGAACUCACAAGAUGGGUAGGUAAAUACCACCAGCUCAUGUCUCUGAUGCCAUCGUCAAUGAAGGGAAGUAAAGCGGAAGCACCGGCUGGUGGAUGUACACAAUUCAAAAUCAGCAUCAAUACAGAAGCCAUUCCCACACUAAGAGCACCUCCAAUAUAAUAAUGGUCCCUUCCUUUUUCAGACAACAGGAACAACUUUUCAACGCAAACUCCAAUUAAAGCCGAGGAAAAGUGACCCAAUAUGAUAUUCCGGGGUUGGGCAAGAGGGAGCCCAUUCGUAUUGAAGCAUAGAAUGGCAGUAGCCCCAUAACUAGCUAUGACUAUUGGUGCAUUAUGGUGGUCGGUGAAGAUGUUUGGGUUUCUAAAUACACCUUCAAGGACAAGAAUUCCGCAGAAAGAUCCAAUUAGCACCUCGAGCCAUAUAAAAUAAUCGGGUCUUUGCUUAGAGCCAUUAUCGUUGUUCCCCAAAAAAUAACCCAAAGCCCUUGGAAGCCUCUUGACUUGAUUGGGUGGGACAAAGUCUUUAGUGUGCUUGUCUAUAUUAAAUUGGAAUACCAUUGAUCCUGUGCACCUGUGGAAACAUCAGGAAUGUGACAGAUACUUAUACUUAUGCGUUUCAUGCAUAUGUCAAACUAUUUUCGUGACACCAAUACGGCUUACCCGCGUGUAAAACAAAAAGCCGCAUCUACACGGGCAAGAAGAGUCUCUACGAGUCAAAAAAGAUACUUUUAUUUUCUAAGCUCCACAACAAUUUGCAGAUUAACUAUUAUAUGUAUAAAUACCUGACUAAUAUGAGUCAGACUUCAUUGUAGUGAGUAAUGAAAGGUAACUUUUUCCUGAAGUAAUAUUUUCUAAUCUCGUCACCAAUAAACACAGUGCUGCAUAAUAAGACUAAGUGGACUAAGUCAAUAAAAUACAAAGCCUCUGUCUGAAAGAUACCUUGGAAGAAUGGUACAUAAAUUGCACAGAAUUGGCCAACGAGGGAUCCGGCCACUGCCAAGUUAAACAUUCUGUUUCCCAACCCAAUCUUGAAGAUUGACUUGGAGUAAUGACGGCAUGAUAAUGCAUUGAACAUAUCAAAUAACACAAAGCAGGUAAAAGUCAUGGUUGUAUCUCUAGCGGUGAUUUCAUUGUCAGUCAUUUCUUUGACAAAAAUGUAUAAGGUACCAAUAAUAAUAAUACCAGAUGAUUGUAAUACUCUCUUUAUCAAGCUGCUGGUUAAAAUCUUGUCAGUUCUCUUCCUUGGGGGCUUCUUCAUUACUUCAUGAUCAACAGGUUCAACCCCCAAAGAUUGGGCUGGAGGUCCAUCCAUCAAUAUGUUAAUCCACAAAAUUUGCAUAGCGUUUAAUGGGUUGGGUAAACCAAAAAAAGUCGAUAAGGCAAUUAACGUUAAAGCAGCAAUAGAAGUUGAUAAUUGGAAGGUAAUAAAGUUCUGAAUGUUGUAGAAGAUUCCCUUUCCUUCUUCAAUGGCAUUCAAAAUAGUGGAAAAAUCGUCAUCAGUCAACACCAUGUCAGCCGCUUCUUUGGCGACAUCUGUACCGUUCUUACCCAUUGCAAUACCAAUAUCAGCCAAUUUCAAGGCUGGUGCAUCAUUAACACCGUCACCUGUCAUUGCCACAAUAUCACCUCUUCUUUGGAAAGCCUUGACAAUAGUCACCUUGUGUUCGGGUGUAGUUCUUGCGAAAACGGAAACAUUCUGGAUGACUUCUGCUAAAGCUUCUUCACUCAAACUAUCAAUUUGAUCUCCGGUCAUUACUGACCGUUCAUUGAUGAUUGGUAUUCCGAUUUGUUUGGCGAUGUUAGUGGCAGUGGAUGGAGAGUCACCAGUAAUCAUGACAACUUGAACACCACCUUUCAUCAAUAAGGCAACAGAUUUUUCAACGUUAGGUCUAGGAGGAUCUUUCAUACCAACUAACCCACAAAAUAUUAAAUCACUUGGUUCAAUCUGGCUGUUCAGGUCUACUUUCUCAGUUAUUUUGAUAUUAUUUCUGGCAAACCCAAGAACUCUCAAUCCAUCAUUAGCUAACUCGUGAGAUUUAUCCAAGAUUUCCUUCUUGAUGGCUUCAGUAAUUGGUUUUAUCUUCCCUGAGUUAUCAUAGUACCUGGAACAGAGUCCUAAGACUCUUUCUGUUGCACCUUUCACAAAAGCUUCAGAUUUGCUCAUAUCACCGGAGUGGGUAUACA